GUCUCUCUCUCGCUACACAUGGCUCGUCGUCGUUUCAGCUAUGCGUGGGGGUCUCCUCUCUAACUCUCUUUCAAGUUUCUUCGAAAUCAAGUAUCCGAAACUUCCAGAUACACGCUAGCUAUCCCAGAAAAGAGAAGAAAGAAAUCACCUUUUCCCCCUUUUUUUUUGUUAAUUCUCUUCUUCCGAUUUGGUCUUUGCUUUUAUACCCAGAUUAAAUCGAUUGAUUUCAUUUGAAGAUUAGUAAAGUUCACAGGGUUCUUUGUUUGAUGAUCUAAGAAGGGCUCUGUUGUUUCCACCAUGGGCAGUAGUUGUUUGGCUUGUUUUGAUAAGUCGAAAGCAACAACAACAACUGUAGAUGUGCCUUUGAAUGGCUCCAAAGAUGUGUUAGUAGAAGAAGAAGAUUGGAGUGAGUUGAGGAACCCUAGUGUAGCUUCUGAAGAUUUCUGGACAAACACCACUUUAGAUAUGGAAAGCAAUGCUCAGGGUAGUGUUUCUUCGAUUAGUACAACGAACUUGACUGUUGAUUCUCAAGGAUGUGGUUCUAGCUCUAAUGAACCUGCUGAAUUUGUUAACCAUGGUCUUGUUCAAUGGAAUCAAACUCGCCAGCAAUGGUUGGGGGAUAAAAGAUCCAAGAACCGCAAAAGAGUUGUUAAAGAACCGAUACUGAAUGAGAAUGUGACUUAUGAGAGUCUACUUGGGAGCAACAAGCGGUUUCCUCGGCCUAUACCUCUUGAUGAAAUGGUACAGUUUCUGGUUGAAGUUUGGGAAGAAGAGGGUCUAUACGGCUGAAAGAUACAUAUUCACACAUUCAUGUUGGACAAAACCUUUCUUUUGUACUUGUUACUUAUAACACAAAUUCAGAUUCUUGUCUAUAAAAACUGAACGAAUUUGUAAAGAAAGCUGAUGGAGAGAUUAUAUAACCAAAAAAAAGAGUUGGUUACAGUAUUAUCAUU